AUGACUCUGUCCGAUGAACUAUUUACUGGGCACUGGAACAGCUCGGCUGACAGAUGCCCUGAACCGGAAGGCGAAAGUCUCCAGGGAUCUUUUUGUGACGGGAACUUCACUGAAUCGAUGUCCAAUGUAAGUGGAAACCUGGGCGAGAUAGAGGGGUCAGCAGGGUGGUGGCUCGACACUGCCGUUGUUUUAGCUGUGGUCCAGAUUUUAAAGAUGGCUAUCAUCCCCGCUGUAUCCAUUUUAGGGGCAGCUGGGAACUUGAUCAGCGUCCUGGUCAUCAGCAAGAGCGGACUCCGAAAAACCUCCAACAUCCUCCUGUUCGCUCUCAGCGCGGAGGACGCGUCCUUUCUGAUUGGCGUCAACAACAUCCCGUUCCUGCUCUACACCUAUGUGGACGGCGACGCGGAUGGCUGGCAUUUCUCCGAGUCUAUCAGCCACGCGUUGUAUUGCUUCUAUUUCGUCUUUGCCUGGUUCCAAAACAUUGGUCUGUGGUGCUCCAUGACCAUCCUGGCUUUCAUGACCAUCGAGCGGCUCCUUGCUAUAUUUUUCCCGCUCAAGUUCCGAAUCAUUGUCACUCCAUUUCGAACGUGGACCACGUUGCUCUUGAUGCUCCUCUACUACAACGGCUCUUUUGCUUUCGGCCUCACUUGGCACCAGUUUUAUUAUUUUAAUAGAAACACGACUUCCUUCGGUAUUAUCGGCUCUUCGACCGUGAUAAACAGACAGAAAAAUAAGGCGCUCUUGGACGCGUUGGAGACUGUUCUAAUUGUUACCACAGGAAUCCUCCCACUCUCCAUCGUUAUUUCCUGGUCUGUGAUCAUCAGUUUCAAAGUGGCUCGUGCUGCCAGACAACGAAAGACAAUGACAUCAUCAUCAUCAUCAUCAUCAUCUGUAGCCACAAGAAGUGUGGCAAACUCUCGAACGACAAGGACUCUCCUCACCGUCUGCGUGGUCUAUUCUAUCACGGGAAGCUUUCACUACAUCAUUGAUGAGAUUUUUACCUUAACCAUUUCGGAAAACGUGGAGGUUCAGCUCUUUCAAGCCUUGAAGAAACUGUCCAUUUGCAUCAACAGCGCCUGCAAUUUCCUCAUCUACGUAACCACCAACAAAGACUUUCGAAUGUUUCUUCGACGCAGCCUGUUUAAAGGGAUGAAUGGUGCAAAGUCUGACGGUAAAGCGAGGAAAAUGGCGGUCCGGUUUUGA